AUGAGCAGCCGAUCCGAGGUGGGUGCCGACCUUCGCCGCGUGCAGGACGGGGCGAGAGACGCGCCGCCCGCGAAGCGCGCCCGCGGCGACGAGCCAGAGCCGGCGGCGCACACCAGCGAGGCCACGAGCCCGCACCGCGUCCCGUCGGAGCUCAUGUCGGCGGUCCCUGCUGGAGAAGAGAGGGGGGCGGCGGGCGCGCGGCAGCUGCGUCUGGUGUGCCUUCUCGAGAGCCUGGUUGAGCGGUGCGAGCCCCCCUACCCCAAAGGUGGGCGGCAGACGUGGGCGGGCACCGACGUGGAGCGACGCCUCCUGCUUCACGCGUUCGCUCGCCUUGCCCAGUCCGUGCAAACCUGCGAAAUCGAAGCGCACGCGCUGUGGUUCGACAAGGCAGAGCGGCUCGGCAGGGUGCUCAUGCUCACUUCGCGUGCCCUUGGCGCCGAGGAGGCGUGCGCUGCGCUGGCGACGGCGUGCGGACAGACGCCAAAGGCGCGCUGGUACGCAACCACGUUUUCCCGUUUCGCCGCCUGCUUCGUCGCCCUGCACCCGGGCCACGCGUGCGAGCGCGGACAGCGCAGAGACGGCACGCAGGGCGCAGCUGCAAUGUCUUGGUCCCAUCUCUACAGCAUGUUUGGCAUAGCCGCAGGGUCGCGGGGCGAGCCUGCAAAGCUGGCUGCAUACGUCUGGGCGGCCGCGGACCACAUUGCCAGCCGCGUGGACGCGGAGCGGAGGCUGAGCGAGGACGCGGAGGGAGGCGAGAUGGCACCGGCGGGGCUGCUCGCGCGCCAGCGCAGCGCCGUCGCGGGCGCCGACUUUGACUCCGCGGUGGCCGAGGGCGGCGGCGUCGACGAGCUCCUGCUGCUUGUCGGCCGGGCGCCGCACGGGCAGCACUCCAAGCUCGCGCCGGCCUUCCUGUCGGCGCUGCAGCAGCUGCUGCUGCCUCCCGAGGCGGCGCCUCCGAUCAUCGCGCAGAUGCCCGCAGCCUUUGCGGGGGCCUUAGCCGGGCACUUGGAGGAGCAGCUGCGGUCCGCGGCUUGCGCGCUCCCGCCGCACGAGCUCGAGGCGGUGCUGCUGCUGGGAGAGGAGCCCCAGCGGCCCAUGCCCGAGCCGCCCCUGUCUGCAGAGGCGGCCUCCCUCGCCUCCACCCUGCGCGCUCUCGCCGUGGCCGGAGGCCGCCAGCGCGACGGCUCCGCAGAGGGCCGGGUGCUCUGCAGCCAAGCGCUGGCCGCGUGCCGCACUCUUCUGCUGACGCGGCGGCUCGAGGCUUGUGCCACGGACCCCUCAACACUCCUUCCGCUACUCGCCGCGCUGCCACGGGGCCUCCACUCUAAGAACGCGGCCGCCGACCGCUGCGGCGCGGCCAACCCCCACCGGCUGAGCGAGUACACCCUCGCGAAGUACCUCCUGCGCCUGCGACAGUCGCUAAGCGAGGUGGAGCUGGCGCAGUUGGACCGGAGCGGGCAGGGGGCUCACCUCGACCGACUCGGCCGCCGCUCUCGGCCGUUCGGUGUGGCCGCGGAGCAGCUUCGCGCCGCCGCCGCUUCCGCGUGGGCGGAGGAGGUGAUGGAGGAAGCCGAGGCGGAGGCGAGGCGGGCGGCCGAGGAGGAGCAGGCCUCGCUCGUGGCGGCGCGGGCGGCGAUCCUCGCAACGGCGGCGCGGGAGCCGGGAGCGGAGGAGGAGGAGGGGGAGGGGGAGGAGGGAGGGGACCGCGUGGCCGCGCGGUGUCACGCGGCCACCCGCAGCUUGGCGCUGCGGGAGGCGGCGGGGGCGCGCGCGAGGGCGGUGGAGGCGGCAGCGGCGGCGGCUGGGGUGGCGCGCCGGUGGGUGGAGGCAGCAGCGGCCGAGGGGGACGUGGCCGAGGGGGACGCCUCCGCGGGCGACGCCGCCGCCUCGCCGCCAGAGGGGCCGGCGCCGGGCGGGCCGGGUGGCGAGGUUGCGGCGGGCGGCGUGGCGAGCGGGCCGCCGGCCGAGGUGGCCGAGGCGGCGCGGCUGGCGGCGGCGGCGCGGCGGGCGGCGGACAUGGCGCUGGCGGUCGCAAACAUCCUGGAGCCCCGCGUGCUGCUGGCGCUCGCGCCCGCAGCGCACGCGGCGGCGUACGCCGCGGUGCGGCGGGAGCUCGUCGAGGCGGCGCUGGGCGUGACGGUGGAGGAGGCGGGGGCACUCCUCGCCGGGCGAGGCUCGCACGCCGCGCUGGCCGCGGCGCUCCGGCUGCCCCGGCACGUGGCGGGCGGUGCCCCGGCGCACGUGAGGUCGAUCGCGGCGGCGCUCGGCGAGCUGCGCCGCCGCGUCGAGGCGGAGCUGCUCGGCCGCGGCUCCGUCGUCGAGGCCGCGCGCCGCGGGUCGUUUGCCGCCGCGCUCGCCGCGGCGGGCUCGCUCUCGAGGAGCGACGCGCUGCGGCUGCUCGCCGACCCGCCGCUGACGGGCGACGCGGAGGGCGGAGCCGCCGCGGCGGUGGAGGCGGCGCUCGCCGAGCUCGAUGCCGCCGGGACGUGGCUCGGCGGCGGGCUGCGGCAGGAGCUGCGGCAGGCGCUGGCCGACCGCGCCGUCGAGGAGACCGGCCUCGAGGAACUCGCCGCGCUGCUCGAGAACACUGCCGUCAGCGGGGCGGCCAGCUUCGCCGUCGUCGACGCCGCGAGGGAGGCGCUCACAGACCCCGGCGCUUGGGCAGCCCAAAUGAUGAGGAAGGCCGCCGCGGGUGAGGGAUGCCCGCCUGCCGCGGUGGCGGCGGCGGGGCGGGCUGCCGCCGCCGCGGCGCGCGGAGGGUCACCCAAUCCGAUGGCGGCGGGCCGGGCGGCGGCGGCCGCGGCGGCUGCGGCGGCGGCGGUGGAGGAGGCGGCGGAGGAGGCGGCGGAGGAGGCGGCGCUGAGGGAGGAGCCGCUGAUCGCGGCGGGCGCAGCGGCGGGCGCCGCCGUGGCAGCAGGCCACGGCGUGGAGGUGGCAGCAGCAGCCGGCGCGGCGGCGGCGCGCGUCGCGCGGGAGGUGCUACGUCUCCUGUCCGUCGAGGCUGCGCAGGCCGGGGCCGAGGCGGCGGGAGCCGCCGCAGCCGCUGCCGGCGGCGCCGCGACCGACGGCGCCGCCGCUCGGCUGGCUGGCUUGCAGGCCGCGGUGCGGACCGAGGCUCUGAUCGUCGCCCACGGCAGCUGCCUCGGUCACGCUGCUGCCGCCGCGGCGGGCGAGGCGGCGGCUGCUGCCCUGCAGCUCGCGCUGGAGGUGGCACUCGGCGAGGCGGUGCGGCAGGCGCUGGCCGCUGGAGAGGCUGCCGGCGCGUUGGCGCAGAGCGAGAUCGGCGAGGAGGAGACGACGCGGCUGCAGCGCGAGCACGCGGCUGCAGACCAGCGGGUGGACAUCGGCAUCUACUUCAGAGCGGUGGAGCCCGGCGACAACCACCCAGACGAGGGCUUCUUCCCCGGCGCGCCGCUCGCGACUCGCAGCGUGGCGUAUCACUGUGGGAAUGGCGCAGGGUGGCGCUGGGGCGAGAAGACACGAGCCUGCCCGCGCCGCCUCGUGAAUUCGCAGUACAUCUCCGUCACACCCAACGCGCUCCGGGCACUGUGGAUGCUGAUGCGGCUCGCGAGGAGGUGGGGGCAGCGCGGCCGCUGGCUCUACCGGCUGGACCACCUGGACAAGAUCCCUAACCUGAAGAUCAUCCACGCGCACAGCGACGAGGCGGCGCAGGAGGCGGGUCUGACGGGCGCUGCGCACGGCUACGCGACUCGGCUCGAGGAGGCGGUCUUCGUGUGCAACUCGGCCUCGCCGGAGGCGCGCAAGGCCUUCCAUGUGCCGCCGGAGGCGUACGCGAAGGUGCGGCGCAUGUACGUCGGGCUGCACGAGUUUUCCCUCCACCAGCGCACGCACCCGCACUUCAUGCGCCCCUCAUGGGAGUGGUUGGAUGCGACCCCGCCCGCGCUGUUGCGGCGGGUGCAGGAGUUCGCGUCCCCUCAAAUCGUCUAG